AUGGUGGCUGUGGGGGAAGCGGGUGCCUGCUGCCCACCUGCACAAAAGGGGCUCCGUGCAUGCCGAGCGCCCAUGUGGCAGGGUGGGGAGGGCAUGCCCCCAGCGGCCAGCUGUGCUGGGGAGGAGCACUUGCCUCCAGCCGGCCUCCCGUGCUUGGGGGGGCGCGCCCCACUGGCCACCUGUGUAGCAGAGAUAAUUGCAUCUACAAAUCUCAUAAUUCUACUUGAGGAUGAAAUAUUUGCAGAUUUUUUCAACACAUUUCUUUCUCUCCCAGUCUUUGGACAGAUGCCAUUUUACACUGUUGAAAAUUCACAGUGGAGCUUAUGGCCAGAAAUACCAGAUAAUUUGAUUACCAAGUACAAAGGAUUACUGACCUGGUUGGAAAAGUACAGGUUACCUUUCUUCUGUAAAACCAACUUAUGUUUCCAGUACAUUCUUUGUCAGGAGCUUGUCAACUUCAUUAAAUCCCCAGAGGGAGUCACAAUGAUGCAAUGGAAAAAGGCAGACCAAUGGCUACUUCAGAAAUGUAUUGGAGGGGUCCGGGGAAUGAGACGCUUCUGUGCCUACCUUAAGAGCAGUGCAGGUGAAGAGCUGGUGGAUUUCUGGAUCCUCACUGAGAAGAUCCUGAGCAUAGAUGAGAUGGAUCUGGAAAUGAAAGAUCACUACCUGUCCCUCCUCUUCAUGCUGAAGACCACCCACCUGCAAGAGGGCUCCAAGGUGGUGACUCUGUGCAACAUGAACAUCAAGUCCCUCCUGAACCUCUCCAUCUGGCAUCCAAACCAGUCAACCACCAGGAGAGAGAUCCUCAGCCACAUGCAGAAAAUGGCUCUGUUCAAACUUCAAAGCUACUGGCUUCCCAAUUUUUAUGCCCAUGCCAAAACCAACAUAGCCAAGGAGCAAAAGUGUCAAGGUCUGAUGCAAGAAUUUGAGACUCGUCUUUGCAGUGUUUGCUACUCCCACAUAGGAAACCUCCCUCUGAUCAUGAGCAUCAAGAAACACCACUGCCCUCAAAAGUGGUACUCAAGCAAGAAGAGCAAGAGGAAGAUGUGGCAGUUGAUAGACCAGAGCUCUUGGUCUUUGGAUAUGGAGCUGCCACCUAUUUCUUUGAGGCAAGAUACUACCAGUAUGGCCCUACAGGAGAUGCAUCCUCAGAAGAAGGUUAUAAAACUCUCUUCCAUAACUGUAUCACAUUCAAAAGAUAAAAUUAUUAAUUCCUUGAAGCAUGAUACUUGUACUAGGAAGUCUUUCACAAAGAAGAAAAACAAAAGCCACAUGGAGAUGGAGGGAGUCUUUGAGACUAAGUUCACAACCCACCUGAGAACAGUCACCCCCAUCAUCAAUCACUCUUUCCAGAUGAAGCUGAAGAAGGCUGUUAAGCAAAGCCUCUCCUUGGGGUACACCUCUUGGGCCUUAUGUGCUGACACUUAUGCAGGGAAUCCCUUCAGGGACUACUUGAAGAAGAAGAAUUUGACAAUGGAAACUCUACUCCUGGACCUGUGGCAGGACCUUCACCAUUUUCUCAAUGUCCUAAUGAGUAACAGAAAGAAUGGGAAUGCUGUGUUUCGGCACAUGUUGGGUGACAGAAUUUGUAAGCUCUACCUGAAUGAGCAAAUUGAGUCAUGUUUACCACUCAAAUCUCAAACUAUUCAGGGCCUGAAGAAGCUACUGCCUUUGGGAGAUGUGAAUCCUUGGAUUCCAAGAGCUCAGAAAGAGAUCUGCAAGGUUCUCAGUCCCUGGUAUAACAGAUUCUUGGAUGAAGAAGACUACUGGUUUCUCAUUUUUACGACUCAAAAUAGGUUAACCAAUAUUAAGUGGCAUAAAAAUAAAGAAGAAACCUCAAGCAGAGAAGAGAGCAUUCGUUUGUGUAAGAGGGUUCAGGAAUCUCUGGAGUUAAGCCAGGGUUUGGCUAAUAUGGAGGAAAUGGACUCUUUGCAGUGGCAAAAGAUAGCGAGUGAGGACCUACGACAAGGAGGCUCUCUCCAGGUAGAAGUGACAUCUCCAGUGUUUCUGAAAGAUGUAACAAAAAUGACCUUUGAGGAACUGUGCUACAGAAACCCAAAGAUGGCCAUUGAGAGGAUCAGUGAUGACUACAGAGUGUACUGUGAAAAAGUACCUGGAAUAGAUUUUAUGGUGGAAAUUAUCAAGGCACCAAAAACUUUUGAAUUUGCAAAAAGGAAAUGGUCCUGUAAGAAGGGAGGAGCCAGGAAACCUUCAGUGAGACCCAGAAAUUUAGCAGAAGUUCUCCUAAAUUCACAGCACUUGGACUACUUCAAAGAGUUCCUCAGAGAACGGAAGGCUGACAAUCCAUUGCUAUUCCUGUUAGCCAUACAGAAAAUCAGUGUUGAGACCAAUGAAAAACAUCAAAAAUGUCUCCUUGAUAAUAUUCUCAAGACUUUCUUCCAUGGCAAAGUCUCUGCUGAAGAAGCACUGCAAUGUAGAGCUCCUAUUAUCAAAGAAAUCAGUCAGAUGCGUCAAGUGAGCACAUCAUCAUUGUUAACAGUCCAAGGCUGUGUCAUGAGGUGCCUGGAAGAAAAGUGGUUUAAAGAUUACCAAGAUCUCUUCCCAUUGCAGCCUUCAGAGGGUGAAGCUGAAGCACGAGCUACACCUAGAAAACCAUCAAAGACUGUACAGGAAUCACAGAACAGGGGCUGGCUGAAAAUGUUCAAUUUUAUCAAGAGUUUUUGCAGGUACCGCAGAUGUAUAUCUGAUCCCAUUAAGCGCCAGGAAUUUGAAAACUAUCUUCACACAGAAAUUCACAAUACAAAAGAAAAUUUCCCUUCCCCAGCAAAUACAUCGGGGCGCUCAGUCACGGUCCCUCCUAACGCUCGUAACGCUGAACAGGAGAAUGGAGAACCAGUACUUAUGAAACGCCGGAUACUUGGACACAAGAUCAUCAUUGUCAAUUUUGUGGUUAAUGAUAUAUAUUUCUUUUCUGAAAUGGAAAGAUUUAACCAACUGGUAAGUUCAGCUCAAGUGAUGCACCUUAACCAGGCAUACACUGAGAAUGACUUGAUCCUAAUAAGAUCCAAAGUUUCCAUGAUUGUCAAGCUCUAUCUACAAUCUGAGAUUCCUCCAAAACUCAGGGUUUUGUUCUUGGAAAGUAAAACAAGUUUACUUACAGUCUGUGAAAAAGAAAGAGAAGAUUGA